AUGAUAAAGACAGUCUUCCACAUUCUCCCUGCCCUGAGCUCCCUGGCUGAUGAUGAAUUCCUGGAACCUCAGCUUUUUGAGAGAGAUUGCCCCUCGUUAUGGAGCAGCACUGGCAAAGCACAUCCUGUGGUACGUCUGUACAACCCAGAGAAGUCCCUGAUACAAGAUGAAUACCGCUUGACUCUGGCUGUACAACCAUCAUCAUUGCAAGCAAGUCCAGGUGGCAGCUUCACCAAUUCAGCAUCUGAAGUAUGCGACAAGGAAUUGAAUGUUCAAAAGAAGAUCAUACCUUGGCAAGACACAGUGAUGCCUGGAUUUGAUGAUGUCAUCAGGACAGUAGGACAGGAGGAGAAGGGAUCUAGGAGAGGUAGUCUGGUGCUGGUGGCAUCACUCAUAGACAAGGCACCUAAUCUAGGAGGUUUGUGUCGUACAAGUCAGAUCUUUGGCGUGUCCACAUUGGUCGUCAACAAUCUUCGUGUAACAGCCGACAAAAUCUUCCAGACACUGAGUGUCACUGCCGAAAAAUGGCUGCCCAUUAUAGAGGUCCCAGUGAGUGAUUUGGCGUCUUAUCUACAAGCAAUGAGACACAAGGGCUACACGCUGGUCGGAGUUGAACAGACUGCCAGAAGUCAGUGCCUUACCAAGUAUCAGUUCCCAGAGAGAACACUCUUACUGCUGGGACAUGAGCGUACAGGCAUUCCUGUGGAGUUGAUCCAAUUACUGGAUGUGUGUGUAGAGAUACCUCAACAAGGCAUCAUUCGCUCCCUCAACGUCCAUGUCAGUGGUGCACUACUCGUAUGGGAAUACACAAGACAGCGCCUGCUUGCACAGUCUGCCGAGUGAUUGGGUUCAGUGUCAUUUGUAGUCGACCACCUGCACAGAUUGUUCUUGCUGAAGCAGUCACAAGCUUGAGAAAACUCUUUGCAAUAACUCUACAUUAAAAAAAGUGACCAUUCUCAGAUACCUCAGGGUGAUGUCUGUGCUAGUCUUAAAAAUCAACAGUUCUUUACACGGAUAACUGGCAUUGGUCAAGUGGGCAGCAAAGAAAUUGCAGUGUCAUGGGGAUGAUCCUGCAGGUUUUCUUUGCGAGGCGGACAUAAGAAGCAAUAUUGUUAUAUCGUGUGCUUGGAUACUGUAAUUUCAUUGGUCGAGAGCGGCUACGUGUCCAUUCUGUAAAAAUGCAUAUACAAUGGUUAGCCUCGUUUACAAUGUGCGUUUUGCGCGCUUAUGUGUAGACCCCACACGCACUCAGGCACUACACUCAUAGGAGCUAUAGUGCCUUGGACACAGUAUGGCAUUAAGUACAUGAACAUGUACACUGUACACAUGACUCAUUUUUCAAUGCAUGUGCACAAACCAGUAAAUUGUCUGUACGUGGGUGCAGCAGUGGUGUCUGUCUCUGAGUUUGUUACAAUGGGCCUUAUGCACGAGUCGGCCAUAUUGAAUUAAAAGUGAGGUAAAUUCAUUUUUGGAACUUGCGAAG